AUGGUAGAGGAGCUGCUCCAGCUAGAUGAAGUUUUGGUAGAGGAAAUCGUCGAAGUCCUAGUCCCGGUCGAUGUGGUUCCAGAUGUGGUAGCAGUGGUUGUGGAUGAGGUCGAUAUAGUGAAAGAUGUCCGUGUAGAAGUUCUACUUGUAGUUGAUGCUGUGGAAGAUGUGGCUGAUGUUAUUGAAGAAACCGUGAACGUUUCGCUGGUGCUGGUAGAGGAGCUCCGGGUCACAGUAGAGCUCGUGGCAGUCGAGGUGGACCUGGUUUUUGAUGUGCUAGUGGAGCUUGUUUCUGUUGUGAUGCUUGUGGUGCUUCCGGUCGUACUUGACGUGUGCGUAGUGGAUGUGGAGCCAGUGACUGUAUUCGAUGUUGUUGAAGAAGUCGUAGCAGUUAUUGAGGUAAAGGUGCGGGAAGUGUCCGUGGAGGUGAUGCUUGAGCUGGUAGUCUCAGAUUUGGUUGAUGUCGUGGUAGUUGACACGGACAGAGUUCUGGUCCUGCUUUGCGUUGAUGUCGAUGUCGGGUUACUUGUGGAACUGGCCGUGCGUGAUGUGGUGGUAGAAGAUGUGGAAGUUGAGGUACCUGACACGGAGCUCGAAGUGAUAGUCACAGGAGUGGUGGUGGAGGUCCGCGUUGCUGUUGAAGUGAAAGUCAUGCUUGUUGUGGGCGUGCUGGAUGUGGACGACGGUGAUGUGAGCGUUUUGCUGGCUGCGGUGCACGUUGUUGUAGAUGUGGUCUGA